AUGUCAACUUUUUCAGUAAUCGCCGCUAUUCUGAUCGCAGCGUCGCUAACAGGACAUGUGUCAGCACAAAUGAGUCCAUCUCCUUCGUCAGGACCGUCGGCUGAACCAGACUGCAUGACGAAUCUGUUGAACAUGACAGAUUGUCUCUCGUACGUUCAGGUCGGAACCGGCGGUGGUGCGGCCAAGCCGGACAAAGCUUGUUGCCCGGAGCUGGCGGGGCUUGUCGAGUCCGCGCCGCAAUGCCUUUGUUACCUCCUCGCCGGAGACAUGGCGGCUCAGUACGGAAUCAGUAUUGAUAAGAAAAAGGCUCUCAAGCUUCCCGGAGUUUGCGGCGUCGUUACUCCACCUCCGUCGCUCUGUUCUCUGUUAGGAGUUCCAGUUGCUGGAGCACCUGAACCAAUGGGCAACGAGGAAGCCUCUCCAGCCUUGGCUCCAACUUCAGGCGCUGAAUCACCAGGAGGAUUUGCGUCGGGCCCUUCGAAGGGCGAUGCACCAAGCACUACAACUUAUUCUCUUCUUCUCAAUCUUAUGAUUUUGCUAUUAGCUUUUGCACUUCAUAUCUAUACCUGA